AAAUGAUAUACGAUGAAUAAAUAUCUACUUUAGAUUUCCUGCAAUCCUUUCCUACCCAGCCGGCAACCACGGUGGAGUGUCGUUCGGCUACUUUGUCGUUCUCCAUCUGUCCCUCCGACGGACCCUCCGCUCCAUUCCGUCGUUGUUCGUCGGUCUCCUCGACAGCUUCCGGGCAUAUCUUUUUACCCAGUUCAAUGCCUGCUGCUUUGAUUUUGGGCCUAUAUUUGAGUUGAAGCAGCUUGAGGUGGGAUUUUUCUUUUCAAGGCUGUUGGAAGCCAUAUUCUUGUUCUUCUACGUUAAGAACCGAGACGAUAUAAUUCAUAAAGAAAGUAAUGCCUGUGUUGUUCUCUGCACGGUUGGUUCUGCUAGCUGGAGAGACAUUGCCCUUGCGAAGGUUCUUGCCCAAUUCUAGUACUUCUUGUUUGCAUAGCUGUGUCCGUUCUCUAAGUCAGCUAGAGCCCCAGCAUGCUCCCCUUACUCCCUUAAGCAUCGAUUUGAAUAAUGAAAAUGAAACUAGGAAGAAUAACAAAGUCAAUAAACUGAAGCAAUUGGGUACCUCCUCUUUAGCCUCAAAGGGCAGAGCGAAGACCAUUGGUAUCAAUAAAAUUAAAGCAGUUGGAGCCACAAAGAAGCAGCAGAUAGAAUCUGCUCCAUUUGCCGCUAAGUCUUUUUCUGAACUUGGCCUCCCUCAUUUGCUGCUCGAGAGAUUGGAAAAUGAAGGUUUUAAGAGUCCAACUGAAGUGCAGUCUGCAGCAAUUCCUACAAUCUUGAAUAAUCAUGACGUCAUAAUUCAAUCUUACACAGGAUCAGGGAAAACAUUGGCUUAUCUUCUUCCCAUACUAUCUAACGUUGGCCCUUUGAGGAACAAAACUUCUGAAGGUAACAGUGAUGGUGAACGUGGGAAGAAAACGGGAAUAGAGGCUGUGGUUGUUGCUCCCUCUAGGGAGCUGGGUAUGCAGAUAGUGAGGGAGUUUGAGAAGAUACUUGGACUUGCUAACAAAAAGGUGGUUCAACAGCUUGUGGGAGGUGCGAACAGAUCCAGGCAGGAAGAAGCUCUCAAGAAAAAUAAACCUGCCAUUGUUGUUGGCACACCCGGUAGAAUAGCAGAGCUCAGUGCAGCUGGGAAACUUCACACCCACGGCUGUCGUUAUCUGGUCCUAGAUGAAGUUGAUGAACUCCUGUCAUUUAACUUUCGGGAGGACAUGCACCGGAUACUAGAACAUGUGGGGAGAAGAUCAGGAGCUGAACCACGAGCACAAAAUAGUACGGUUCCUAGACGUGCUGAGCGUCAAACAAUUAUGGUGUCUGCAACUGUUCCAUUUUCUGUUGUCAGGGCAGCCCGGAGCUGGGCGCAUGAUCCCCUUCUUGUCCAAGCCAAUAAAGUCGGCCUGCUUGAAACCAUUUCUCCUUCCAAACCUGUCAAUUUAUCAGGAUCUGCGCCUGCCUCAAAUUCUAACUCUACUACCCUUACGCAGGCAGCAGAGAGUCUACCUCCUGCAUUAAAACAUUACUAUUGUGUCACGAAGUUACAGCAUAAAGUUGAUACUUUGAGAAGGUGUAUUCAUGCACUGGACGCCAAAUUUGUUAUAGCUUUCAUGAACCAUAUUAAGCAACUUAAGGAUGUUGUCUUCAAGCUAGAGGCACGUGGGAUGAAAGCUGCAGAGUUACACGGGGAUCUUGGGAAACUUGCUAGGUCAACAACUCUGAAAAAGUUCAAGAAUGGUGAGGUGAGAGUGCUGGUGACCAAUGAAUUAUCGGCACGGGGAUUGGAUAUAGAGGAAUGUGAUCUUGUGGUUAAUUUGGACUUACCCACAGACUCAAUUCACUAUGCACACCGAGCUGGCAGGACAGGGCGGCUUGGGAGGUCUGGUACUGUGCUUUCAAUAUGUGAAGAGCCAGAAGUGUUUGUUGUGAGGAAACUGCAAAAGCAGCUUGGGGUUCCAAUAGCGUGCUGUGAUUUUGUGGAGGGAAAGCUACUUGUUAAAGAAGAGGAGAAAAUGUCAAAUACUGUGAGAUAAGGCAUUUUAUUUUUGUGACUUCUUCGGUUCACAAUAUAUUUUCAAUGACUUCUUCAUUCUGUAUCA